UCUGGGGAGCCUCAACAACCUCAUGAUGCUGACAAGGCAGAGAAGAGUCUCUCCACAUUAGAACACCUCAAGAAACAUCAGCAGAGAUCCACAGGGAAGAGAACUCACCGCUGCUCUGACUGUGGGAAGAGAUUCACCUCACCAGCAGGCAUUAAAAUUCAUCAGAGAAUCCACACAGUAGAGAAACCUUACAGGUGUACUCAAUGUGGGAAGAGUUUUGAUACAUCUAGCCAUCUGAAGAUACACCAGAGAAUACACACAGUAGAGAAACCUUAUAGCUGUACUCAAUGUGGGAAGAGUUUUGAUACAUCUAGCCAUCUGAAGAUACACCAGAGAAUACACACAGGAGAGAAGCCUUAUAGCUGUAGUCAAUGUGGGAAGAGUUUUACUCAGCUAAGCAACCUGAUAUCACACCAGAGAACACACACGGGAGAGAAACCCUAUAGCUGUGAUGAAUGUGGGAAGGGUUUUACCACGUCUAGCAAUCUAACUCUUCACCAGAGAACACACACAGGAGAGAGACCUUAUAGCUGUGAUCAAUGCGGGAAGAGUUUUACUCAGCUAAACAACCUGAUAUCACACCAGAGAACACACACAGGAGAGAAACCCUAUAGCUGUACUCAAUGUGGGAAGAGUUUUACACAUUCAUCCAGCCUGAUACAACACCAGAGAGCACACACAGGAGAGAAACCUUAUAGCUGUGAUCAAUGUGGGAAGAGUUUUGUUACAUCUAGCUAUCUAACUGUACACCAGAGAACACACACAGGGGAGAAACCUUAUAGCUGUAAUCAAUGUGGGAAGAGUUUUGUUACAUCUAGCUAUCUAAACUGA